GAAAGCAGAUGGAGUAGAGAGACUAAUGACUUGGGAUAAAACCUAGGAUUUCACUACUGCCUGCUAAUGUUUGGUGCCAAAAUGGGUGAGGAAGCUCAGAAAUGGUUUAGGAAGUCCCUGGUAUCCUGCUGUCAGAGUUCCAAAGUAAGCAGCACUUUGACCCUCACUUAAUGCUUCCUGGCCAACAUAACCACAGUGUUGCAUGGCACACAUGGGCAAACCCCAUUAAUUUUAAUUUUCCUGCACUAAGAAAACCAAGGGGAGAUCAUCCUAGCUUAUUGCCUCAAAGGAAAAGGCCUUUUUCAUGGGGUUGAGGAGAGAGGCUUAAUAAAGCAACAAAACACCUGUAUGAAGGUAGUGUAGUAGUAAAACUGCAUUUUCAAACUUAAUGCUAGGGAAAAUGCAGGCAUAACCAUCCGUAUUAUAGUCCAGACGGAAAUUAUUGCACCAAAGAAGGCCACCUAACAUGCUUUUGUGUCAACUCCUUUUCCCAGAUCCAACUAAAAAGUAGUAGUGUCUAUCCUUAAUGCUGGAACAGCCAACUUCAGUAGCCAGAGCUUCCUCUGUUGCCAUAGGGUUGGUCCAGGGACCUUUUAGGUGCCAGUGUGGGAACGGGAUGAAAGCUCUAAGGGUACGAAUGUUUUCGGUAGGGCUGAAGCAAGCAGAGCUGACGGGCAGGUGCCCGCUUCCCAGGUCGGGCCCGAGCAAAACUGCCCCUUGGUGGCAGCUGGACCGAAUACUGGUGGAAAAAUCCCGCUUCUCUCAAAAUCGCGGAGGAGGGAGGGCUCCCCUUCCCCUGAAAACGCCCGAGGAGGUCCCGCCGGAGGCAGGUGGCGGCCCCAUCCCGUCAGGGAGGCGAGGGGCCGGGCCGGGCGGGGCGAGGCGGGGCCGGCAGCGCGGCGCUGUGGCGGCCGCGGCCCGCGGGGCCAUGGCGGCGGGGCUGGAGGAGGCCUUCGGGGCGGCGGGGGAGUUCGGCGGCGGGCAGCGGCGCCUCACCGCCUUCCUCGUGCUGCUGCAGGUAUACGUGGCUUGUCAGUCAAUGCUUAUCGUGCUGGUGGGAGCCAUGCCUGAGUAUCGUAUAGACCAGGAAGGAAUUCCAGCGAGCAAAGCUGAGCUUGCCAAGCAUAUCCAUUUCACGAGCAACUUCACAUCUAUCGUAACCGAGUGGUAUCUAAUUGAACAAGAAGCCUACAAAGUGAGCCUUGCAUCAUCCCUAUUUUUUGCUGGAUUGCUUAUUGGAAACAUCACGUUUGGCCCUUUGUCAGAUAAACUGGGCAGGAAACCAGUGUAUAUUUCAGGUCUAUUUUUUGAUGUCCUUUUUGGGUAUGUUACAGCAUUAGCUCCAAAUUAUGGCGUAUUUGCAGUUUCACGUUUCUUUGUUGGAAUUGUGAAUGGUGGAAUGGCUCUUGUGUCUUUUGUCCUAACACAGGAAUAUGUAGGAAAAUCAUUUUGGUCAUUUACAGGUUCGUUAACUAAUUUGACAUUUGCAGUUGGCAUUGCUGUUUAUGCUUUACUGGGUUACUGUGUAAGAGAGUGGCGUCACCUGGCAUUGGUAUCAAAUACUCCAGGAGUCAUCUUCCUUCUUCUUUCGUUUAUGCUGCCAGAAUCCCCACGAUGGCUGUAUUCCCAAGGGAAAACUGCAGAAGCUGAAGAUGUGAUGCAAUAUAUUGCCCUUGGUAAUGGAAAAGAAAGAUUAAAUCUAAAAUUAAAACCAAGUGCAGGAACUUCACGAAAGGAUGAAUCGCCACCUGGUAUACUAAACUUAGUAAAACACCCAGUCCUUCGGUGGCGAACCAUCGUUCUUAUGUACAUCUGGUAUGUCUGCAGUUUGGUGUACUAUGGGCUAACUUUAAAUGCUGGUGAAUUAGGAGGAAAUCUUUAUUUAAAUGUGGCUCUUUAUGGCCUUGUGGAAGUUCCAGCUUUUCCACUCUGCAUGUUCUUUAUUGAGAAGCCUUGGUCUGGAAGACGUAAAACUAUGAUGUGCUUUCUGAUAUUUGCAGGAUUUGCCUGUAUGUUUACCAUGUUUUUACCAAAAAACUCUGGUUUGCUCCUCAGUCCCACUUUGUUAGCUUUGUGUGGAAAAAUGAUGGUCAGCGCUGCUUUCAACAUUGUCUAUAUUUAUACAUCUGAACUCUACCCAACAGUAUUGAGAAAUGCUGGCUUGGGUGUCUGUUCCAUGUCUUGCAGAUUUGGAGGCAUUCUGGCUCCAUUUGUGCCAUCUAUGAAAUCUCUCAGCCCUUCUGUACCAUUGGUGGUGUUCGGAAUCAGUGGGCUGUCAGCAGGAUUCCUCACUCUCCUUCUACCAGAAACACUGAAUAAGCCAAUUGCAGAGAGCAUUGAAGAUCUUCAGAGUCCCAAAUACAGAGUGCUUAUAAAUGAAAAGGCAAACCAGCUGGAAGAAAGCACUUCAGUUUCAGAAGGUCUCCCUGUGCUGAAAAAAUGAGGCCGCCACUGAGAAGGUGCUGUAACAGCUGAAGGGCAGAGUCUUGCUGUAUAUAUCGGAGUGGAAAAGUUGGAGGACUCGUGUAUAAUGCUGUUAAUAGCAUGCUGAACAGUUUUAUGUGAAGGCAAGGUGAGAAGAUGGAAAAAGUUGAUCAAAGCUUGUGAGGAAAGAAGUGACAAAUCAGUGCUUUAACAUAAUGACUUAACAAAACCAUACUUUGGAUGUUUGGACUUCUCUAUGGCUUCAUAAAUGAAUAAUUAAAUUAAUUUAUGUUACAAAAUAUAACUGCUAGCUUCAGAUAAUAAAAUGUUGCAACUGAAGUGAUGUGUACGAUGUAAAAUUUAGAUGGCCUUACAUAUUCACACAAGCUGUAACGGUCAAAAGUAACAGCAAUCUUGUGUAUGCUAAUUUUCUCUACCGGGUUUUUGCCUGUAAAUCACAGUAUACCUCAUUGUGAAGAGACCAAAGAUUUUCAUGUAGUUGGUCUUUGUAUGCCUAACAUAGGAAGCCUGAAUAGGAGAUCUGAAAGGAGAAUAAAUGGGUUUCAUUGUGGGAAGAAAUAUUUUUUUGAUACAGUUGAACAUGAAAAGGCAUGUAAAGUUAAAAUAACGCUAUAUUGGGAAAAAUGAUGUCAAGCCUUUAAGAUGGGGAGAAGGUGCACUUAAAGGACGGGAUGAGUAACCUUUUAGUCAAAAGGUUAUUAGCUCUAGCUGUACAUGUGGAACUGGAAAUUAAUGAAUGUGUCAUAUAUUGUAUAAUAUAUGUAAUAAUAUAUAAUCCCAAAUUAUAUGAAUUUCCUAUGUGACAUUCUUUCAAGGGGGAGGAUAGUUUGCUUGUCAUUCAAUAUAUUUAUGUUGGAAUAGGUAUAUCAUAAAGGUUACAGUUACGACAGCCAAUGCAAUUUUGUUAUUUAAAAAAAAAGUUUACUGUCGGUAUUACAGAGUGCUGCUGUCACAAGGACGUUUACCAAGGCAUUUUGAAGAAUACUUUUAUCAUUUUGGUUUUGGUCUAUUAUUUAAUGAAUCUGUAAGGAAAACGUUACUAAAAAGCUUGUGUGUUUUGAGCAAGUUUCACAGUUAAAUAAUAGUUCUGCAAAUAAGUGCACCCAUACAAGUAUGGGUGCAUUUUACGUAUGUAUGAAUAUAAAUGUACAUGCGGAUUGCUCUGCCUGGAUGCCUCGCUGUACUGCAUGUAGGUUAUCUGUGUGUGCUUUACAAACAGCCAGAUUAGGUCCCCACGAGGUGAAAAUCAACUGGCAAUCAGAACACCUAGAUAAUGUUGACAUAAGGGUGGAUUGCGUGUGCAUUUAUUUAUUUUCUGGGGCUGCAGCUUGAUGGCAAACAGCCUGUAGAAUAUGCUGCAAACUUUUAUCAUUUAUUUACUCAUCAUUUUUGUCAUGUUUCACUCUGAGGAACUGAGUUGAUUUUUUUCUUGAAUAAAAUUAAUGCUUUCUGUUGCAUUAACAUUUAUAAUUAUAGUGACUAAUUAUACCUCUUCUAAAGAUAAUUGGGUCAGCAGGGAUAUGGUAAAAAACAUCAUCUUUGGUUACUGUUCAAUUAUUUUAUUAUAACUAACAAAAUUUAAUAUGGAAUAGAACAAUAUACAGUUGUAUUCCCAAAGCAGAGAGAAGACUCUGGAGCAGAAGGAUUGUGAAGGAUUAUGUGGUGAGAAUCUGUUUCUUCCACAUUAAAUAAAUCAGCCCAUACCAGA